AUUUAAAUAUGGCAGCCUCCAGUGGAAAUAAAUUCCUCAUAAAUUAUUUUGCUUCUAACGAUUCAUUGAAGCCUGAAACGAUUUUAUUUUAAUUGUAGAAAGAAAGAAACAGAAUUUGGAGUAUGGCUCGUCCCAAAGAAAAAAUUCAACCUUCUAAAACAAAAACAUUUUUAGAACGCUGUCAACAUGAGAAAGACAACUUGAAACAGAGUGUUAUCAAACAACUCCAAAAAGAUUUAGGAAGUCUAUUACACAAUGAAGAACACUCUGACCUGUUGAUAAGAGCAGAAGGAAAAGAGGUUAAAGUUCAUCAGUUUAUUUUGAAGUCAAGAUGCCCAGCAGUAUUUGACCGAUUUCUAGAACUUUCCACAGGAGAAGAUUCAGAUGUACUUGUCAUGCCAUCAUGGGUUACAUAUAAAACUGUACUGUUUAUUGUCAGGAAAUUAUAUUUUGUUGAAACAGAACCAUUAGAUGAAACUGUUGACAAACAAGAUGAAAUUCUAAUGGAUUAUCUUAAGUCACUGUUGUUUCAGCACCAACAUGUAGUAUCUAAUAGUUGUAACAAGUCAAAUAACCAGCAUCAGAUAACCAUACAGGCUAAAAACUGUGAGAAUGAUAUUUCAAAUAAUCAUUGUGAAAAUCAUGCUGAUAUUACUGAUUCAAACCUUUGUCAAAAAGAAACCACUGCCCAUAGUAAGGAAGAAGGUGAACCAUCACUUGGAGGAGCUUCAGAAGAAGUCCUGACUAUUAAUAGUUUGAACAAUGUAAAUAAUCUUGAAAAUAUCCACAAUGAUAGCCAAAUAGGAAAUGGAUGUGUGAAUUCAGGAGAGAUAAACGAUGUUCAGUCCUCAUUCUCUGACAUGAUUAAGUUGUCCUAUGGUUUGACCCUACCUUAUGAAACAUGUAACAGAGUUGGAGAAGAUUUAUUGAGAGGCUACCUACAGGAGAUCCAAACAGAUUGUCAAAUUAUUGUUUCUGGGGACCAUUUCAAAGUUCAUAAAUGUAUUCUGUCAUCAAGAUCAAGUUACUUUGCAGCAAUGCUUGGAGGGUCAUGGAGAGAAACAGAGUCAGAUAUAAAUCUUGAAGGAGUAUCUCCCAGUGUUGUAGAACAACUUCUGCUGUACCUGUAUGGUGGAGUGGUGGAUCUAAUAGAGUCCUGUGCUGUAGAGGAGUUUAUUAUGACAGCAGAUAUGUAUGGUUUAGAAGGUAUCAAGGCAGUAGUAGUCAGUUAUCUGAAGAGAGAUUAUUGUCAUAUGUUUCAUAAGUUGUGUGCAGGUUGUGAAGAACUGUUACCCGAGGCUUUAACAAUAGCUGUGGCAUUUCGUAUGGACCCACUGAGGGAUAGGUGUGUGGACUGGAUCAACAGGAAUGUACUUAAGAUGUGGAGAUCAAAAUCACUCGCCAAACAACCACAGGAAGUACUAGAUGUCUGUUAUCAAAAAGCUGUCGAUGAAAUGAACGAAGAGACAGUGUUUGAAAUCCUGCUGAAUUGUGAGAACUUGAACCAGAAUGUUCAACGACUGAGAUGGUGUGAGCCCUUAUUGUGCCUCAUUACAAAACUCAAUGAUUCAGCUAUAGAGUUCAUCAGUUGUAACUUUGUCCAAGUAUUAAGAAGUUCAGCAUUUUAUAAACUGGAUAAGGGACUUGGAUACAAGAUCAGCCUACUUAAAGAUAUAUUUGAGGUUGUAAUAAAAUCUUUACCGAUCAACAAAGCAUGUGAGGCAUAUCAUUCCUUGUUACUCAACUGUAUACAGAUGAAAGAGGAUGAAGAGGAGGGGGUAUGGAGUAAGGAUUUUUGCGAUUUCAUCACAUUCCUGUUUCAAAAAUGUGAAGAUUUCCUGAAGCUCCAUGUACAUCAAGUUAUAAAUACACCUGGUUGGGAUUUACUGUCUAAAGAUACACAGGCAAAAUUACUGGAAGGUGGAAACUUUGUUGUGUUGAAAAAUCCAAGUCCUGAUCCAAAGAAGUUAGCCAAGGCACGAACCGUAAUUAGAAGAAAUUACAUACCAGUUCUACCUGUAAGAAAAACAACAAAAGUUAAAGCAAAGACUGUUUCAAAACCUAGAGAUAAUGGUUCCACAACUCAUCAAAACAUAUCCACUGAUCAAAACAAUGGUAAUGACACUAAAGAAGGGGAGACAACUCAUGAUCAAUCUGAAAAUACAGGGGAGGCAACUGCAUGUGGAGCAUGUGUAGUAGGGGAUGAUUUAGAAGUAUUAGGAGUUGGUGUUCAAAUGGAGGCACCAGUAAUUGACCAACUGGUCUAUAAUGUUGAGUUAGCUGAAGCAAUAGAUUUUACCAUUGAAAUAGUUCCAAUACUAAAUUUUACUUUUCAUACAAGUUAAAAUUGUUAUUUAUGAUUAUCCAUUAUUUUAUAUGCAGAUUUUGUAAUUAUUUAUAGGUUGUGAAAGUUAUUUUGUUUCUUGGUAUUUUUUCACCAUAUAAGCUUCCAUCCCUAAUGUUAAGAUUGGAUUAAUAGAUAUAGGAAGAUGUGGUGUGAGUGCCAAUGAGACACAUCUCCAUCCAAAUAACAAUUUAAAAAAAAAAAGUAAACCAUUAUAGGUUAAUGUAUGGCCUUCAACACAGAGCCUUGGCUCACACCGAACAACAAGCUAUAAAGGGCCCCAAAAUUACAAGUGUAAAACCAUUCAAACGGGAAAACCAACGGUCUAAUCUAUAUAAAAAAACGAGAAACAGAUAUAAAUUACAUAAACAAACGACAACUACUGUACAUCAGAUUCCUGACUUAGGACAGGUGCAAACAUUUGCAGCGGGAUUAAACGUUUUAAUGGAUCCAAACCUUCUCCCUUUUUCUGAAACAAUAGAAUAACAUCACAACAUAGAAAACCACACGAUAAAAUAUCAAUUGGCAGGCUUAACUCAAUCAUAAAAUGUUUAUAUAGCAUUUCACACAGAUAAGGGGAAAAGGUACUGAGAUAAAUACAUUUUUAAGGCUUAUUUGGUCUUGCAUAUUUAUUGAGGAAAAAACUCCAUUCUUAUUUACAUUUUCACAUAGUCCAAUGUAUGUACUAUUGGUAAACCAGGUUUUGUUUUCAUUAUGUUUCUGAAUAAAAUACAGUUAGUACAUGUCUAUACACUGCCUAAAUGAAGUGUUACUUUUACAAAAGUACCAUGUAUGUUUACUAUCUCACAAUGGUUGUAUGUCUUGCAUCCAAUUAUAGGUCUUCCAUCAUCAAAAUUAACAAUCAUAUGGAAUUUAGUUUGGUAAUUCUUAACACCAAACAGAAAACUAAAUUUGAUAGUUUUUGUUUAACUUUAAUCAAAUUGGAAUUUUUUCACCAAAUUUUAAAAACUUGUUUUGUAUAAAAUGUAUGAUUAUUUUCCUAGACCAAUUUAUAACCAAAUCAACUGAAGAAGACGCAUUGUUGAAUCCACACACUCAUUCAGAGCUUGCAAUAUUUGUGUGAGAGAGUUGCUUUGUUUUAAGACUUUUUUGUGUGUGGGGGGGGGGGGGGUAGUUUAUACUUAUCAGAUUUGAUAUUUGGUUAUAAUGAUAUGCUGGAACUAAUCCUUUAACUUAUGAAGGUAAAUUAAUGUUCAUGAGAUAUACAAUCUUUGGGCAAAAUAUUUGUGACGGCUGUUAUUUUUCUCCCAAAUUGCAGAAAAUAUUGAAGGCAUUAGUUGAUAUAUAGGUAUAUGCUAGUCCAGUGUUAUAAACACCUUAUAACUUAUUAAAGUACCUGUCCAAAUCUAAAUAACAAUGCUUAUUAUGGAUCAUUUAAUUUAUGAUUAUUUAAAUUAAUUUAUGAUUUAGUCAUUGUCUGUGAUAGUUUUGUUAAUUUUAUAUUUCUGUUUUGUUAUUUAAU